ACUCUCAAAACCACUUCACAUAUAUCUACUCUAGUUUUAUACAAUCUUUAUCAUUCUACACAGAACAUGGCGGAGAAGAGUAAGAUUCUGAUCAUAGGAGGAACCGGUUACAUCGGUAAAUUCAUCGUGGAAGCCAGCGCUAACGCGGGUCAUCCUACUUUCGUCCUCGUCCGGGAAUCCACGCUCUCCGAUCCUUCCAAAUCUUCACUUAUCGACUCCUUUAACAACUCCGGUGUUACUAUCAUCCCUGGCGAUAUGUAUGAUCACGAGAGUUUGAUCAAGGCGAUAAAGCUGGUGGAUGUGGUCAUCUCGACGGUAGGAUUAGGUCAAACCCAACUUGCUGAUCAAGUUAAAAUCGUUGCCGCCAUUAAAGAAGCUGGUAAUAUUAAGAGGUUUUACCCAUCUGAGUUCGGAUUUGAUGCGGAUCGUUCACAUAUUGUUGAACCUGGCAAAACUGCUUUAGCGGCCAAAGCUCAGGUUCGUCGAGCCAUCGAGGCUGAAAAAAUCCCUUAUACAUAUGUAAAUUCCAAUGGUUUUGCGGGUUAUUUUCUUCCAACAUUGGCUCAGCCCGGGGCUACCGCUCCCCCAAGAGAUAAAGUCGUUAGCUUAGGUGAUGGAAACACGAAAGUUGUUAUCAAUGAUGAACAUGACAUUGCAACCUACACCAUUAAAACCGUCGAUGACCCAAGAACCGUCAACAAAAGUGUAUACCUAAAGCCUCCGGGUAACAUAUACUCGUUCAACGAACUUGUGUCGUUGUGGGAGAAAAAGAUUGGCAAAACAUUGGAGAAGGUCUAUCUAUCUGAAGACCAAGUAUUGAAAAACAUAGAGGAAUCUCCUUUCCCACACAACUUGGUCAUGUCAAUCAUGCACGCAAUCUUUGUGACGGGUGUUCAUACAAACAUUGAGAUUGAACCAUCAUUCGGAGAGGAGGCUUCGGAGCUUUAUCCUGAUGUUAAAUAUACUACAGUUGAUGAGUAUUUGAGUCGUUUUGUCUAACAGAUUUUCCCUUAAGAAUGUGUUGGCGGAGUGACUAUAAUGAGUCCGUUAGUAAUGGACCUACAAUAACAAUAAUAAUUUUAAUGAUAAUAUUUGUUUUUGCUG